AUGCCAGAGGCACAUGAAACCGUACCUAAUAUAGAGUCUUACAGUUUUGAUGUCACUACUCAGACGACCCCAAAUUCUAAGUUGCCUAUUUUAGUAUACAGAAACGUCUUAGAUAAACAUUUGGUAACCGGUGCUACCAAAAAUAAAGAAUACAUUGAUCAUAUGAACAGAGUUUUUAUGAAAAAUGGUUGGGAGGCAUUAGGCGUUUUUCCUUGCAUAACGAGAGCUCACUAUCAUCCCAAUGUACAUGAAGCGUACGCUGUGAUUUCAGGGCAGUCUGAUUUAAUCCUUGGCUUAGACGUGAACUACAAUCCUAGCAGUAUGACACAUGAAGACCUUAAAAAGCUCAGUUAUUUAGAGCUAUCCAUUAAAGAUGGUGAUAUCAUAGUCAUUCCUGCUGGUGUAUCCCAUUGCUCUAAACGGUAUGAUAAAGAGUACCGCUACGUGGGAUUAUAUCCAAUGAAUGGUGAAAGGUGGAAAUCUGUUUCGAGUACACAAGUUAAGGAGGCAAAUGGUCACUAUGAUAAUUCUAAGGAUGUGAUGGUUGCACAGAACGUUCCUCUUCCCAUAGCUGACCCUAUCUACAACAAAGGUGGUACUGGUACUCUACUCGAACUCUGGGGAGCUUCUUCAUAA